UCUCUUCAGUAACGCAAGCAGGUAGUGAUCAUCAUCGCGGGCCCGUACUGACAAUCAUUUUCUGAUUCAUUUAAUCUGAUCAAUGGAGUCAAAUGAAGAGAGUCUGAGCGCUCUAACAGCCGCUCAGAGACGCGCUGAGAUCCGUCGGAGAAAAUUACUGAUGAAUUCAGAGGACAGAAUUAACAAAAUCGUGGGAUUCAGCAAGGCUGAUGCAGACGGCAGCUCAGCAAAAAGUGUGAUAGAGCCCUGCUUUCAUUUGGAUCUGGUCCGGAAUGAGCCCUGGUCUUUAUCUGCCUCCUCAAAGAGACUCUCGCCACAUGUGACUGAGACCACCAUGAACAGCAGCGAGACAUCCGAGAGAAACGGCAGCAGUGAUGCGGUUGGAGAGGACGAUGUGUCUCUCGUGAGACCGAGACCUCGCGGGGAGCUGUUGGGGGACGAACUCACUCGCUCCCCUCGCAGAGGUUUGCACAAAUACCUGUCUCGCUUCGAUGAUGCGAUGAAGCUGAGAGGACAGUUGGCCAUUGAGAAAGCGGCUCAGGACAGCAGUGUAGAAUCAGAGGAGCUCGACUCAUUCUGCCUCUUCAGGCUGCUCGGAUCUGUUGCUUUGGCCAUCUUUGUGCGCAUCUUUGUUUGCCAGUAUUUGUCCAUAUUCGCACCAUUCCUCACUCUUGAACUGGGGUUCAUGGGACUGAACAAAUAUUUUCCAAAGGUAGAGAAGAAGACACAGACGACGAUGUUGACCGCCGCUCUGCUGCUGUCUGGCAUUCCUGCUGAAGUAAUCAACAGAUCAAUGGAUACCUACAGGAGAAUGAGUGAUGUGUUCUCUGACCUCUGUGUCUAUUUUUUCACCUUCGUCAUAUGUCACGAGCUGCUGAUGCUCUUUGAUUCACAGAUGUCCUGAUGAAUCGACUGCAUACUCUCUCUCAUAUCAGCUAGUUUAAUGUGACCUUACAGACCCGCAGUUCACCCACCUUGUUUAUAAACUGCUGUUAUUGUCUGAUGGAGUAAACAGCAGAGUAAAUAAACUUGAUAUUGUGAUUUACUUGUUACAUGUGGCCAUGAAACCUGUGAAAAAGAUUGGUCAGUUCUUAUAGUUGCUAUUUCUGGCAGUCCAUUAUUUUAAAUGGUUUCAAGUCUUGCUCUGCAUUUUGUGUCUCUGCCUGUGUUGCAAUCAUUUUCAACAGAUUCAGCUUGUAAGAGUUAGUGUUGACCACUCUGUGAAACUAGUGAAGUUCUUGAGAAGCUAAUAUCAAACUUGUAUUUUUGCUCUCUGUCAUUUAUGCAGUUUGCCGCAACAAUACCAGCUUUAAGACAUUAAUGAACUGAUAAAAAACAAAUUAUGGUAAUCAGAAUUCACCCAUCGUAUUUACAAACGAGCAACAUUCACAAAAAUUGUCUAGGUCAUAUUCUACCCCAAAAUCAUAAGAAAACUUUUUCAAGUGACCUUCCUUGAUUCAGUAGCCCACUGUAAUGCGAAACAAUUCAUGCUAGAUUAUUUGAUUGUAAAGUACAAUUGUAAGUAUACAUUAUGGUAGCAUUUAUUGUACUGAAUUGAAUUUAUGCUGAUUUAUUGCAGACAAAAUACAUUGUGUCUGGACAGGAUGAUUUUUAUUACUCUAUAAAAAAAUCUUAAUGGUCUCUCAAAAUAUUGUUAUUAUAUUCUUUUGUGGUAAAAUGUGACCCGGAUACGCUCUUUGUAAGAUUUACCCUAAUUGAUAACAAAUGUUCUUGAUAACAAUUGGUAACACAAAAUGUCUUCUGAUAAUGGAUAUCGACAGAAAGGAAAAGCAUAAAACAUGAUUAUCAAAAUCAUUGACUUUGCAGUCUUGCAGCAUUGUGUCUUGCAGAUUUGAUCAAAUAUUUUACACAUGAUUAUUUCAUACUGGUCCUGUGUUAGUAUUAUACAGUAUAUCUGCUCAUGUGUACAAUGAUUAAAAAAGAAGAAAAAAAACGUGCUUGCCAGACAUUGCUCAUGCUUAUGUGCAUGUUAUGUGAUCUGUUGAUUUAUCUAUUUAAGUGUUAUUACAAUUAAAUGAUUGUAUAAUUUUGGGAAGGGGGAUUAGCUUUAUUAUUUGUAACUUAAUACUAAAAUUGUCCUCAAGCAGAUUGGUUCUGAUCAUGUUUACAUAACCAAGUGAAGCAGAAUAUAUUACUCUUUUAACACUAAUAUGUGUUGAGUUCUGAACUCUAAUGAGACAAUGCUGCCUGUGAUUGUAAAAUUAUAUUUGAAGAUAUACUGAAUCUGAACCUACUGCUGAAACAAUAAACAUUAA